AUGAAGGCUUCUAUUUCCCUCGCCGCCCUCACGGCCCUCGCUGCCACCGCCGAGGCCCAGAACUGGUUGGGUUUCAACUCGGGUGCCACCAAGGAUGACCGCUCCGCCAAGUUCAAGGCCGACUUCGAGGCCGAGUUCAAGACGGCCCAGAAUCUCGUUGGCGCCCCCGGCAACUUCAAUGCCGUCCGCCUCUACACCAACAUCCAGGCCUACUCCACCGACGACCCCAUCCAGGCCUUCGAGGCCGCCAUCGAGACCCAGACGCACAUCCUGCUCGGUGUCUGGGCCUCGGGCACCGAUAACAUUGACAAGGAGAUCAGCGCCCUGAAGAAGGCCGUUACCCAGUACGGCACCAAGCUGACAGACCUCAUCAUCGGUGCCUCUAUCGGCUCCGAGGACCUGUACCGCAACUCCGUCACCGGCGUCACCAACAAGUCGGGUGUCGGCGCCGACCCCGAGACCAUUGUCGGCUUCAUCAACGACUUCAAGACGGCCUUCAAGGACACCCCUCUGUCCAAGGUCUCCAUCGGCCACGUCGACACCUGGGACGUCUGGGGAAACGCCACCAACAAGCCCGUCCUCGACGCCAUCGACUGGGUCGGCGUUGACGAGUACCCCUACUACGAGAACGGCAAGGGCAACAGCAUCGAGAACGCCGGAAGCCUCUUCGACAAGGCCUACGCUGCCACCGUUGCCACCGCCGGCGGCAAGCCCGUCUGGGUCACUGAGACCGGCUGGCCCGUCACUGGCGAGAACUGGGAUCAGGCUGUCCCCAGCCCGGAGAACGCCAAGAUCUACUGGGACGAGGUCGGCUGCCGCAAGCUCUUCAACAAGGUCCCCACCUUCUGGUACAACCUCCGUGACUCCAACCCCGACAACACGAUGAAGUUCGCCAUCACCGAGAACCUGUCCACCACCCCGCAGUUCAACCUCACCUGCCCUACCACCUUUAGCACCCCCACCGGCACCUCAUCCGCGUCCGUCUCUGGCACUGCCACCGCUAAGCCCAGCUCCACCUCCGGCGCCAGCUCCGGCAGCAAGUCCGGCGGCAGCAGCAACGACACCGUCUCCACCGGCUCUCCUUCCCCUAGUGGCGCCUCGGGCUCUGGCUCUGGCUCUAGCUCUGGCUCCGGCUCAUCUGGUUCCGGCUCCGGCUCCGGCUCCGGCUCCGGCGCUGGUGCGAGCACGCCCAGCACCGUGGCUAGCUCCGCCUCUGGCCUCCAGCUCCUCACCACCGGUACCCUGGCCGCCGUCAUCGGCGCUUUGGCUCUCCUCUACUAA